UUCACCAUCCAAGAAAGUUGACCUUCUCACCUAUACGCAACGCCUAAUCGAGAACAUUUGGUCCUUCUUCGCCAAAUAUAUCAACGAUUUCUUCGCCAAUCGUCGAGUACGAGAUGAGAGGUCUUUGAGAACCAGCACCCUUGGAAGAGAAAGCGCACAUCAACUUUCUUCUUGGACGGAAGGCGCGUAUGCAGCAGGAAGACCCCCAAGGACACACAAUUUGGGAAACUGCGGAGACCUAUAGGACGAGAACUGGACAUCCGACGAUUUUUAAACGCGCAUAUUUCGUGAACCUGUGACGAGUAUUCUUUCCGCGACCCGUAACAAGGACCCGUUUUCGCCACCACGCAGAGCGAAAUUGCAUCGGAGUCCAAAGUUCAAUCGUGAGUACUCCAGCUUUCCAUACUAAAUUUAACCAAAAUGGCACUUGAUGAUGUAGGGCCAAGCAAAUCACGCGAUAAAUCGCCAGCUAGGGCGAUCUGUGACGUCGCGAUUGAACCCCAUGUUCGCGAUUUAGUGAAAAAACGUGGCAUCAUUAAGGCUAGACUCACAAAGUUCGCAACCCACAUUCAAAGCUGUAGCGAUGAUUUAAACUCGUUAACUGAGCCUUGUAGAAUAAAUUUAAAGUUACGCAUGCAAGGAGCAGAGAGCCUGUACACCGAAUUUAAUAUUCUUCAGACUGAAAUCGAAGCAAGUGUGUUCGAAUCGAACCUUGAUGAGCAGUUAACGCAACGAGAACAGUUUGAGGAUAGUUAUUUCACUGCACAGGCGCUCGCCGAGUCUAUACUCAGUCAAUUUAAUACUACCGAUAAUAAAAGUCUCGCUGUACCGCAAGCUUCAACAAUGAAAGCAAUUAAAUUGCCCGUUUUAUCACUUCCUUCAUUUGACGGCACGUAUGAAAACUGGCUCGCUUUUAGGGAUAUUUACCUAUCACUAGUUCACAAUUCUAAGGAUCUCUGUGACAUCCAAAGGUUCCACUACCUAAAAUCUUCGCUAACAGGUAGUGCUCUGUUAGUUAUAGAAGCACUAGAACUAACGGCUAGUAACUACGCGGUGGCAUGGGAGCUCCUUCUUAAUCGCUACAAUAACAAUAGGUUAUUAAUCCACAAUCACGUCAAAGCACUAUUUUCGCUUCAGUCAGUACCUAAAGAAUCGCACAUUCUUAUCAGAAAGUUAGUUGACACAACAUUAAAAAAUUUACGCGCUUUAAAAGUCCUAGGUGAGCCUAUCUCGUCCUGGGAUACCUUAAUUAUCUAUAUCUUAGUGUCGAAGCUCGAUAAAACCACAGAACGCGAGUGGGAACAACAUAAAAGUAGCCUCACGAGCAGCGACACUCAGAUGAAGAUUAAACUGGAUGAUUUAUUGCAAUUUUUACGUAAUCGUGCAGAUAUGCUAGAAACAUUGCAGGCAUCACAUUCACAAAGUACGAGCACACGCGAUAAGCCGGAAGUGAACAAACAACAUGUCACUCCGAACUCCACUCACAAUUAUAAUAACAACAAAGUGCACUGUAACGCUCACCUCACGUAUGAGGAAUUUAGCACGGCAUUAAGCCAAAUUGAAGCUGUCCUCAAUUCCCGUCCUUUAUACGCCAUGUCCUCGGAUCCGCACGAUUUCCUUCCUCUGAGCCCUGCGCACUUUCUCGUCGGCCGCACCUUGACGUCGCCAGCCUCAGAAGACCUUCAACACGCACCUGCUCAUCGACUCAACCGGUACCAGAUGGUGGAGAAGAUUAGGCAGCAUUUCUGGGCCCGCUGGUCCAAAGAGUACGUCUCCGAGCUACAGACGCGGUCCAAAUGGCGAACUCACUGCGAGGACCUCAAGCCUAACACAUUGGUCCUUAUAAAGGACGACAAUUUGCCUCCCCUCAAGUGGCAGCUAGGACGCAUCGUCAAAACUAUCCCUGGUAAAGACGGAGUAUCCAGAGUGGCAGAUAUUCGCACUGCAUCUGGCAUCAUAAGACGCGCAUACACUAAAAUCUGCCCUUUAGUGUCUCAGCCAGACGAAGAGAAAGGAGGGGAAGCUCAAGAAUCCUCUUGA